AUGCUCUCAAGACUAUCUUCCACGUCGAGCGCGAUUCCGCUCCACGUCCCGCCUGUGAUCCACCCAUCGGGGAGCAUGGUCGAAGGGCACGUCGCAAUCAACCUUCGUCUCGUCCACGAGGAGGACAUUGACGAGGUUCAAGUUCGACUGCGUGGAGUCGGGCAAACACGCGUAGAUGAGGGAGAUAGCUCCAGCUACGGCAAAAGGCAACUCGUCCGCGACAACCUCAUCCUUUGGACCCGCGGGUCCGCGUACCCUGAGCCCGGCUCCGACGUCCUUCCCGUCCCGUUCUCGUUCAAACUUCCCGCACAGCUACCGCCAUCCUUCCUGCACAGGACCGUCAGUUGCCAGGCCGCGGUCAGGUAUUCCGUCACCGCGGUCGGCGUCCGAAGGGGGAUCUUGCAUGUAAACAAGCGGCAGUGCGUUCCACUCACUGUCAUUCCCACCGACACCGUUGGUGCCUCCAUCAAGCGCAAGAACGCGACCCACAGCUGGAGAACGUACUCCAAGGACGAGCGCAUCAGACGCGGCCUUUGGGGCGCUUACUCUACGGUGUCCGUGCAGCUCAGCCUUCCAGACAUUCUCAUGCUCCCCCUCUCUUCCACGAUACCUUAUACCAUCACCGUCACGACGAAGAGCCCGCCGUUGACUCGCGCACAGGCCGCCGCCCGCCCGCUCUUCCCGCCCAUCCCCGAUGCUCCGGACGCGCUGGAGUUCGUGCUGCGCAGGCGCAUGUUCGUUCGCGCCGGUGUCGACACGGCACGACCGACCACGGACGCCGCGCACUUUCUCGGCGCGGGCGCGCAACGGGCCGCGAGCCGGGGCGGACGGGCGCGCCCGCCGGUGUCGACCAACGUCGACGGCGGCCAGUGGCUGCCCGCGGCCGCGGAUGCGCGCGAGAAGAAGGGGCGCGCGGAGGAAGGGAAGGGGACGUGGGUCCAGCGCGCCGUGUUCGAGUCCACGUUCUCGCUCGACGUCGCACCAUCAUUCGAGAUAGACAACUUCAUCGUCUGUUCGUACGAGCUGGUGGUGCGGGUGCCGUUCCCGGGUGUCGGCAAUGAUCUCAAGCUCGAGGUGCCGGUGGUGGUGACUUCGGGCAUCGACGCGCCGUUGCCGCGAUCCGGGGCGACCGUGUCCGGCGCGGCGCAUGACGCUCCGACGUUGGACCUUCCCCCAGCGUACUGGGAUCCUGAAGAUGCCGGAUGGAGGGACGACGAGAAGGUGUAG